ACAAAAGGCAGUGACAUCAUGAAUCAUGAUUCAUCCAAAUGGGUGCAAAUGUUAAGUCAUACAAGUCUUUGUGCAAUGAGAGACCUGCAAUAUCAGGAAACUCUACUCUCAUACACUUAUAUUUUACAAUACUUCUUUUCACUCUCUUUCAACCAAGCUUCCUUCUACUCCAAACACAUCCUUUUUGUAUUAUUCUCUUGCACACAUUUCCCAAUAUUCUCAUAUUCUUCUUCUUCCAUUCUCCAUCAUGUUCUCUUCACCCUCAAAAAUCCAAAUCAAAUAAAAUACUCAUUCACAUACCCCAGAUAGAAAUACACAUAUAAAGGAUAAUCACAGUUCAAAACUCACUACUAAGAACAUGGGCAGAAUCCACCCUUCCACAUCUUUCCUUAACCUUGUUUUCUUCCUCUUUUAUUUCUCUCCCGUGGUCUUGUCCAUUCUAUCACAAACCCAAACACAAACCAUGAACAAUCUCUCAAAGAAUCUUACUGGUAGGAUUCCAUGGACUGGCUCAGACCCAUGUGCAUGGAAGGGAGUGAGUUGUCACCCUGCCAACUCCUCUGUAGUAGGGAUUUCUUUAUAUGGCUUUUCACUCAAUUCUUCUGACUUUCUGCCUCUUGUUUGCAAAAUUAAAACUUUAGAGAUUCUUGAUGUCUCCAAUAACCAUCUGAGCUCAAUCCAUGAUGAUUUCAUCACUGAGUGUGGAAAGAUAAAGGGUUUGAAACUGUUGAAUUUCAGUAAUAACAAUUUAGGUGUUUUACCUACUUUUCAUGGCUUUGAUGCAUUGGAAUCCCUGGAUAUGUCUUUCAAUGCGAUGAGGGGGACUAUUGAUUUAGAGAUAGAUGGGUUGGUUAGCCUCAAAAUUUUGAAUCUUAGUUUCAAUGGAUUCUCUGGGUCUCUUCCUACCAAAUUGGGAAGGUCCAUGGUUUUGGAGCACCUUCUGCUUUCUAGCAAUAGCUUUGAUGGCAAAAUCCCUGAUGAAUUAUUCAGUUAUGAAAACUUGACUUGGAUUGAUCUUAAGAACAAUAUACUUUCACACCCUAUUCCUACUAAUAUUGGGAAGCUUUCUAAAUUAGAAACUUUGAUCCUUUCCACUAAUGACCUCACUGGUGAAAUUCCAACUUCACUGGCGAACAUCACCAAACUUUCAAGAUUUGCAGCAAAUCAGAACAAGUUCACAGGUUCUAUACCUUCUGGGAUUACAAAAUAUCUCACGAGUUUGGAUCUUAGUUAUAAUACUCUGUCUGGCGCCAUUCCAGAAGACUUUUUAUCUCCACAACAGUUGCAGGUUGUAGAAUUGACCAAUAAUAAGUUAAAUGGGUCUUUACCUACGAAAGUUUCUCCAAAUUUGUUCAGGUUGAGGUUUGGGAGAAAUCAGCUGAGUGGAAACAUUCCUUCAGAUGCUUUUGUAGAACUUCAUAAUUUGACUUACUUGGAGCUUGAUAACAAUAUCUUGACGGGAUCAAUACCAGCUGAAUUGAGUUCUUGCAAGAGUUUGGCAUUGUUGAAUUUAGCUCAGAAUCGGUUGAGUGGUGUAUUGCCACAACAGCUUGGUAAUCUUACCAAUCUCCAGAUGUUGCAGCUCCAAUUGAAUAAUCUUAACGGCACAAUCCCAACUCAAAUUGGCCAACUUCAUAAAUUGUUAACCCUGAAUUUGAGCCGGAAUUCUCUGAGUGGACCAAUUCCACCUGAUAUUGCAAAUUUAAGCAUUCUUAAUUUCCUGUAUUUGCAAGGCAACAAUCUUAAUGGUUCCAUACCGACAUCCAUUGGCUACUUGAGGCGUCUUUUAGAACUUCAACUUGGGGAAAACCAUCUAACAGGUGAUAUUCCAAGCAUGCCAGAGAAUCUGCAGAUUUCAUUGAAUCUUAGUAGCAACCUCUUUAGUGGUUCUAUUCCUAGAAGCUUGGGUAGUUUGACUAGCCUAGAAGUACUGGAUCUCUCAAAUAACAACUUUUCUGGUCAAAUUCCUGUUGAGCUUACUACAAUGCAGGCUUUGACAUGGUUGAUACUUUCUAACAACAAUCUUCUGUCUGGUGAAAUCCCAAGAUUCAAUCUCUAUAUUUAUGUUGAAUAUUUUGGAACUAAUCUAACAAAUAAUAGCGCACAGGGGAACCCAACUGCCAACACAGGGUCCAAGAAAGGAAUAGGCGUUGGAGUAACCAUUCUCAUUGGAAGUGUUGCAGCUACUUUUCUUGGUGGCUUUGUCACUCUGUUGGUUGUCUUAAAUUUAUAUCUGUGAUUAGGACAUUUUCUGAGCAGCAACCGAAUCUUUCCCAUACUUCAUACAAUGAUUCAUCUUUUCCUUGUCUGAAAGUUGAAAUAUUAGAUUCAGCACUCAAUACCUGCUUAUUUUUUAAAUAUGAUAGUAAAAAAUGAAUAUUAAGUUAGAUUAUUUAUUGUGAUGGGAAUAUUCAUAUGGGAGGGUAUAUGUUCUAUUGCAUUUUA